AUGAUUGCUGCAAGCUCUACAGUCGCCGCCUCUUCCCUUCUGAAACCUCCCAGCCAGCCAACCCCCACCCACAAUCGCACCUCUUCUCUCUCCGUAACUUCACCUCUGCAGACCUUUGCUGACUCUGAAAGCGAUCUUGACACUCUGAUCCCACAAUCAUCGAGGCUGUUCGAGCUCCAAGUGCACAAACUGCAUCAUAACGGAACAUGGCAGAGCAGGACUCUGAUUGCAAACACGGAGUGGCUGUAUGUUUUGAUCAACACAAAACCUCCCCCAGAGAAGGCUGGACCAUGCUUGAUGACAAACAUCAAUCUACUCUCUGAAACGACACAAGAGAAUCUACGUUUGUCGAAAGGAUGGCUGUACUUCCUGCCAACGGAGCAUAUCGACGAUGUCGAUGUGAAUGCAGCAACGAGAAGUUAUGAUGCAGACAAGGUGAAGGUGAAGAUGGAGCGUGAGGAUGGAGGUAAAGGCCUCCUCCUCAGUUGUGCUGGGGACACGCUUCGGAUAGAGUUCAACAGCUUUGAGGAGGCGCUGGACUGGUCCGAGGCGCUGGAGCAGCAUGGAGUCUACAGGUCAAAAGAGAAGCAGAGCAUAUCAGAUCGAAUACCAUGGAAGGAGAUGAGGGACGUCAGCCUGCUGGGAGACGUAGGGGUGAAACCGCAACACCACACCACCAGCCUUCACUUCGCUAACGUCGCCUUCGCCCGGAGCUUUUUAGUGGAAGGCGAAAAGAUGGACAGCAUGCAGGCUCACCGCGAGCUUCGCUUUCAGUUCUCCACGGAGCCAGGAGGAUACAACUCUGGGCGCACUUUCAUCUUCAAGUGCGUCAACGCGGAGGAGGAGAGGAGCAAGGUCGAGACCCUAACAGAGACGGCGAAGAGGGAGAGGAAAGCCGCACAACGGCUGAACCAAUGGACUCUGCUGCAGAAGAGGAUGAAGAGGACGUACUCGUCUGUGCUCUGUCAGAGUUUCAUCGCAAUCCUCCUCAUCCUCAACUUCCUCGUCAACAUCAUCGAGAAGCAGACCAACCCGGAGUCAAACUCAAGCGCUGCUGCUUUGUUCGACAACCUCGAUAUCUUCUUCACAGUGAUCUUCACCGUCGAGCUGAUCCUCAACAUCUGCUCGAACUUCUUCUGGGACUUUGUGCUUGACGGAUGGAACAUCUUUGACUUCAUUAUCAUCGUCAUCUCCAUCCUCCAGCUUGCCCUCUCUGCAAUUCCAGCCGUCAGGUCGCUCAGAACUUUCAGGACUUUCAGGAUCAUUCGCAUGUUCGGCAAACUGAAGCGACUAAGGACCAUCAUCAACGCCAUCUUCGCCAGCAUCCUCCCUGUCCUCCAGACUCUGGCGAUCUGCCUUGUUGUUGUGGCUGUCUACUGCAGCCUCGGAGUUGAGUUCUUCCGCUCCGAGUCGCCACGAGACUUCGGAAAUUUCUUCCGCGGGUUCUACACGCUCUUCGGGGUGGUCGCCUACGGCAAGUGGCCUGACGACACUCUCCCUGCCUUCCGCGCGGACGGGACGGUCGAUGUCGGGACAGUAGCAUUCAUCUACAGCUACGUGCUCAUCGUCGUCAUCGUCUUGCUGCAGGUGCUCGUUGCCGUCCUGCUCGAGAACUUCUUCACAGCCGCGAGGAACGAGAAGGCGAAGAUCUUCGAGGAGCACGACCAGUCGGAGAUGCUGAAGCUGCAGAACCCACUCGACAGUCUGCUCGACACCUUGAGCAUCCAGUUCUCAACGCAGGGAGACCUGGAGGAGAGGAUAGACAUGCUCUUCCGCGUCUUCGACAAGGACCGAGGAGGGACGCUGACGUUCGAGGAGCUCUCUGAGGGGCUUCACCGCCUCUUCCCGCACAGCAACCGCCUCUCUGAGGACGACUUCAUCACCUUCUCCGGGGGUCUGGCCGAGCUGUCGCCCGAGCAGUUCCGCCAGCAGCUCUGGAAGGAGCUCAAGUCGCACUGGCUGAAGAAGAUUGCGAGCACAGCGAUGAUGUUCGAUAGCGAGAAGGAGACUGAGAUCCUCCUGACCACCGUCAAGAUCCUCAUGGUCAUGGCCGAGUCCUCCUUCAACAACUUCCUCGUCGACACAAAAGAGAAACAGAGAUCGUCAGAGAAUCUCGCAGACAGCGCCGAACCACAAUUCUUGCGAUCGUCUUCCUAUGUGAACCUCUCGGUGCGAGAGGAACUCGCUGCUCUGCAGGAUCAGAUGUCCAAGAACGACGAGCAUUACAGGAGUUCGCUUGACGACAUUCAUCGCAAGAUAGAAGGUCUCACUGAUCUCAUCACCACCCGCCUCACACCUCUGACAACGGGAAGUUUUGUAGCAUGA